AUGAGAUUUUCAAAGACUUUAUAUGCUAUUGCAACUAUACUAGCCGCCGCUGAUGCUGCAACCUUAACUGAGUAUUUCACUGCUCCAACACAGACUGUUUGGUACACUCACACACUUCAAUCAGUGUAUACUACUAGAACACAACUUGCUACAGUGUAUAGUGCUCCUCCAAACUAUGAUCAAGAUACUGAAACUUUUUCCUCUAGUGUUGGCCCACCACAAACUUCAUUAUAUACUUCAUCAGAAGCUACUGAUGCUACAUCAUCAGCUCAAUCAAGUUCAACUUCUCAAAGUUCUUCUACUACUCCCGAAAGUUCUUCAACCACACCAGAAAGUUCUUCAACCACCCCAGCAUCUUCAUCAGAAUCAUCAUCAGAAACCCCAAGUUCUACAGUUUCCGAAGCUGAUCAACCAACUGAGGAUAUUCAAUUUGCUAACGACAUCUUAGCUGCUCACAAUUAUUAUAGAGAAUUACACCAUGUUGGUGACUUGGCUUGGAACAACACCUUGUAUGAAUUUGCUAAAGAAUACGUCAAUACUGCAUUUGAUUGUAGUAAUCUUGAACUUGUUCACAGUAACUAUCCACCAUACGGUGAAAACUUGGCCGCUGGUUAUGUAGGUGGUAGUUCUCCAGUUGUUGAUGGUUGGUACGGUGCUGAAAUCGAUUUAGUUAAAAGUUGGGACCCAAUUUCAUACUCCCAAUCCACUGGUCAUUUGACUCAAUUACUUUGGAGAAGUAGUACUCAAGUCGGUUGUGCUAGAUUAAACUGUACUAAUCCUAAUGAUAGUCCAAAUUGGAGACAAAUUACUCUGUGUAACUACUAUCCAAGAGGUAACAUCAUUGGUACUAACUCAACUAGUGGAAACACUUAUUUUGUUGACAAUGUUUUCCCAAUUUAG